AUGCCGCAGCAAGGUCUCAAAAAGCUGACACCGCAGGACUACCAUGUGGCAUGGAUAUGCCCAGUCCGAGAUGUCGAGCUGCUUCCUGCCCGUCUCAUGCUCGACGAGGAGCACAGCACGCCAGACUACAACACCUCCGCACCAUCCCGCCCGCGAACCUACAGGGCAUGGAGAAUAUUACCAGUUAGUCCGGCCAGUCAGCAAGCGCCUGUAGCACGCGAUCCCAUGGAAUCGAGCACGCCUCCCAAGAAAGAAUACAGGCCAUUUGAUAUGGCUCCCAAGAAGUGGAGGCGCACAAAAGAUUGGCUUAUCGUCGUAGCAAUAAUUAUUGUGUUGAUUAUCAUCGGAACUGUGGUCGGUGUCACUGUAAACAACCAACAAAGCCUCGCUGGUACUUGCCGUUACCGCAAGCUCGGCGUAGGGUGCAUAUUCGAUAAGGUGGCAAACGAGAUCAUGAAUGGUGCCGACUUCAUCGCAAACAUGGUAUCAACCCAGCUCCUCCAGGAGAUCGCGCACGAGCGAUACAUCAGUUUCCCCUGUCAUCGUCAUCCGCCAAACCCCUGGAAUAUUGGGAAGCGAAAGGAUGCGUGGCACGCACGAAGCUCGUUUCGGAAACCCACCUCAGCACGGCUUGGACAGAUAGAGGCGCACGAUGCCGUCCGAGGUCACGCCAUCAGCUUGGGCGAAGUUCUCUGGGCUGAUUCGCGUGCAGAAGCAGACAGUGCUCGCGCGGUGACGCACCUGACAUACGACAACGAAGGGUUUGCCAUCUGCGCCGCCGCGGCUCUAACGCUGCUCCACGUCGACUCGGCCGAGGUGGCGGCGCACUGCGGCUCCCUCUACGCCGGCUCCCUUUUACAGCCGCUGCUUGAUGCGGACCUCUCUCUCCCCUUUCUCGUGCCCGGGAUGUUUCAAUGUUCUUCUGGUGGGGCUUCUAGCGAGGAGGGCUGCGGCGAUACAGACUGCAGCUGUGCCGCCAAACGCGACGGCGGCCUCUUUUCACCAUUCGGCGCGCGUCCACAAGAUGUGCUCGAUCCGGAUCCCGGGUAG